AUCAACACAUGCCAUGUGCCGUCGAGCUACGGUCGAGAGGUGUACGAAUUUAAUUUGUGAAGUGCGAUACUGCGCCUCUGAGGGGGAUCAGAAAUCCAGAAGGGAAGAAAAAAGAGAAUCGUCAUUUACUUUCCAUAAUAGCUAUCUUUUAUCUACGUUAAAAAUUUGCGAAUAAUAGGUUACCGUAAUAGUGAGGUUAGGUUUUGAAGAUGGUUACAAAAGCCAGUAAACAGACUGCGAGAGGCUUUAGAACACUGUGGAUCCGCUUCGACGCGGACAGCUCCGACAAGCACCAGCUCUUUUUCAAGGAACACUCCGUGAGAAAUCAGGAGCCGGAGUAUCCCAGGAAUAAGACUCUCUUCGUGUUGAACGUACCGCCGUACGCGACCACCGACUGUCUGAAACAUGCGUUCGAUAAUCUCUGCGGACAAGUGCGGUCCGUUACGUUCUCAAGUGCGAGAGGGUUCAAAACUGCGUACAUCGUUUUUAAGAAGGAAUCCUCGCUGGACAAGGCUAUGGAACUUUCGAAGGACUCCGUGGUCACGUUGAACAGCGACAAAAGUGUGUGUCUCACAGGAUUAGAAAAAUGGUGUAAGGAGUAUAACGAUACUUUGCACAACGAGCGACUGAUGAAGCAAGACAUCGAGGAGUACAUAGCUUCGUACGACGAGCAAGUAAAUAACCGUAUCGCGCGAGAGAAAGCUGAGGGGCAAGACGACGAAGGCUGGGUGACUGUGACGAGUGGAAAGAAAAGAGGGCAAUUCGCGCCGUCCAGGAAGGAAUCUACCAUCGGCAAGGUGCAGCAGAAGGAGGAACAACGCAAGAAGAAGAAGGAGUUACUUAAUUUCUACACCUUCCAAAUUCGCGAGACAAAAAAGCAGAAUUUAGCGGAAUUGCGAAAGAAGUUCGAACUAGAUAAAAAGAGGCUACAGGAAUUGAAACAAAAACGGACGUUUAAGCCAUUUUAGUUUGCAGACAUUGCCGCGCUGACAGCCUGCGCGAGUCGUUCCAUGGCUAGGUCGCGCGAGACCGUAUCGAUGUUCGGACGAUUCUGCAG